CAAACACGCCCAUGAUGUUAUGCUAUUAGGCGAUUGCUUCAUUUUUCUUUUUUUGUCUUUUUCUUUUUCACUUAUAACUCAUAACAUUUAUUUUCUUCUUCUUGGUCGCUCCCAGUAGUAUUGCUUUAUGGAUUCGCUGGCGCAGGUCGCGAGACCUGCACCCUCAUCUCAACGCCAUGGUACGAAAUCGCGAUUGUCGGGAGGCUCGAGAGGCUUAGAUUCGGACAAUUCACAGCUUUGGACUGCCGCACGAUGUCAGCGUCUUCUUCGACAGCUCCAGUCUCGAUUGGCUUGCCUUCGACGGUUAAUGUCAGAGAAUCGGUCUGCGCCCUCAGCUGGAUCCAAGCGAGCUUCAGAUAAUGGACAAGAGUCGACGGCGAAGCGUGUCCGCUCUACGUAUGGCCAAAGACCAAAGAAGGAGGCAUCCACGGCAGACAAACCAGCGGCAACUACUCCUCAACGACCAAUGCGCACCCUUGGGGCGAUGAAACUGGGAAACCUGUCUCCAACAUCCGAAUUGGUCGACUUUCGCACCCCUGUUUGGCGCAAGAUCCGGGAUCAUAUCGACACGCCGGCGAAGAAUAUCGAUAUCGAAUACGGUUUAAUGGACUCUCUUCCGUCUGAAAUGGUCGAUGAGCUAAAUUCUAUCCGACGACAUGUUCCUAGCGAUCUAUACCGCAUCUACGAAGCAAUAUUCCAUUGGCUAAAUCGAUUAUUACACUCAACAACACUCCAAGGAAAGCAUAUUCGUGGCAAAUCACUGCUUGCUAUUUGUCUACGCAAAAUUCCAGCAUGCAUUGCAGACAUAGACGCAUGGGACCGGCAACAAUUGAAAGAGAGUGGGGUGGAAUCAGUAUGGGACAUGUCUGAUGCAGCUUCGGAUAUAUUUGAUCAGUUGGAAGCAUUGGGAUCAAGUAGUCCUGGAUGGCGUCCCUUGAGGCUUGUGGUUCGUUCCCAAGCUGUUUAUCUCCUAUCCAAUGCCAUCUUGGAUGGGCUCUUUCGACCAGAAUUCUGCAAUAUUCUCGUACGACUUUGCAUUCAUUUGAACGGCAAUGAAGAGGCUGCUCAAGUGGUAACCUCGAUAAACAGACGUCAAAUUUCCAAGCUUCGAGCUGGAACGACUCAUCUCAACGAGAAUAGGGACUUUUCAUCGCUCUGGGCAGUGUUGAGUUCGUAUAAAGGAAAGAAGAUACCAGGUCCCCUUUUUGAGUGUAUCUCUACUUUGAUCAAUAAAGGGUUGCUCUCAUCAUCUUGGCUUUCUACACAAGCCUUCUCUGGUUUCUGGAUUUCUGGACUCGAAGGCCUAACUUCUGGAAAUGCGAAACCACAUAUUGUGGAAUUUAUGUGCAUAGCUAUAUGGACCCUUGCUCGAGGCAGCCGACCCAAAGAAAUUGACUGCUGUGCCAUAGAACAAGCCCUCAUCCGUGUUGCAGCUGGUUUGACGGUCGCAGCAUUAACGUUGGAGGCGCAAAUUAUACCUGGAGAACAGGAGCAAAGAAAAGCAGCGUGGAGACGGCUGGUCUAUGUGCUUGAAUGUAGUAUCUCACUUAUUGCACGGUAUAGGAGCCGUAAGAGCCCUUCAGACAAUGCCUCUUUUCUGCUCGUUUUUGCACGCUACCUUGCGGUGGCAAACUCAGACCUGGCAAGCCCGGCUUUUAAAAGACGAGUUGCAGAGGAGUUUGAAAACAUGGCUCACAAAAUCAACACUGAUACGAACAAUGGUGCACAAUACCAGCAUACGGUUACUCUUUUAUGCACCAUCAUCCAAUGUCGCCGACGCAGCAGCACGACUUCAAGUCAAGAGAUACUCUCCGAUAUCUAUUCAAGCUUGAGCCGCCGAAAACUACCCGAUUGGUUGGACCACGGACUUCAAAAGGACGUUGCGUUUAUGCUAGCUCAGAAGACAAACGAUCUCCGCGAUCUGACCUUUGCGGAGAGCCUGCCCGUUACCAAAUCUGCCAACGCAAAGUUGACCACCAUUUUCUCGGCAUGGCGAUGGGAAGAGGGGAUUAGCGAAUGGGUGCUGCCCAGCCCCAAGAAAAUCAUUGACCGAGACGAUGGUACAUCCGUCAAACUGCCAAAGCAGAAUGUUAUGGAAACCGAGAUUUGCUGGGACUCGGAUGAGGACUUGAGCUUGGGAACUUCUCAGAGAAGAGACUCGCGUCGAAUCAUUACAUGUCGUAGAAAGCGGGAAGUAGGAACAAUUGCUGUGAAGAAGAAGCAAAUGAAAAUCUCAAGCCUCCAAGCCGUGGCAAUGAGCAACUCUGAUGACACGAGCGGCGAGACCCCAGUCGGCCGUAUGGAGCUUGCAAAGAGCUCAGUGCGACAAACAAAAGCCACAAAGCCUUUUUAUGUCUUGUCGCAGCUCCAUGCAGAUUUUAGAGACGAAAUAGAUGAGCUGUUUUAGAAUAAUACCCCAUAGACCAAAUGAUAUUGACCAACGAUUAUUGU